AUGGAAUCAAUCAAGCAGGUGGAAGAGAGGAUUCGUGAUGUUGAAUUACUGCUUGGUGAGUGGGAAUCGGUAAAUGACUUGACUGGGAGAUUGCGGAUGCUGUCACAGGAGCUAAAGCUACUGUACCGCAAUGGUGUUCAAUGCUCAGAAUCAUUUUGGACGCUUCUAGAGCGUUACAUGAAAGCAAACGACUUCAAUGAACAUCCAGGAUGGAUGCAGCGUUUCAAUGCAUGUUCAGAAGGAAUUGAGAAGCUGCUGGAUCGCCUCUAUGAGCUCGACCUGGUGUAUCAAGCCGAAAACGUGGACCACGUGCUGUCAUGUGGACUGCUCACAUAUGCCGAAUCGGGCUCUGUUGACCUUCGCGAUCUUCCUACCCUUUAUCAACAAUGCAACGACCUGAUGCUGAGGACUAUAUGUGCAGUGCGCAGGUUUACUGCGUUGAACCUCGAGAUGAACGAGUUUAGUGCUGAUGUUGAAGCUAGAAUGAGACGCGCAGAAAAUGCCUUGACAAUAAUAUACAAAAAACGGACUAUCUAA